ACACGGCAUCCGCCAAACACACAUUCCAUUCAAUUUUAAUCUCAAAACACAUAUCCAUCAUUCUCUCUACCUCUUAAUUUUCUCUUUCCCGGGAAAUUCACCUGAAGAAUUUUCCUGGAAAUCUUCCCUUCCACGUCCACUCGUCAUUUUCCAUUAAUCGUUAUCAACUCUAUUAUUAUGGCAACGAGUGUAGGAGGAGGAACGCCGUCGAGGAGAAGCUUGUCAAUGACAAGCUUAUCCUCCCAUUCGAAGAAGAAAACAGGCGGCGUCGAUACUGCAGGAGGACUCCCUGUUUCUCCUCAUCGCAAAUCUCUACCUUCUUCUCGUUCCAUGGGUCUGACUGGAGAGCGGACAGUGAAGAGACUUAGGUUGUCUAAAGCUUUGACAGUACCUGAGACUACAAGUAUUUAUGAAGCAUGCCGCAGGAUGGCUGCUCGCAGAGUUGAUGCUCUAUUGCUGACCGAUUCAAAUGCAUUACUAUGUGGUAUCUUGACGGAUAAGGAUAUUGCAACAAGAGUUAUUGCGGGCGAAGUCAAUAUUCAGGAAACAUCUGUUUCAAAGGUUAUGACGAAACAUCCUGUUUUUGUGCUUUCUGACACACUUGCUGUAGAAGCAUUGCAGAAAAUGGUGCUAGGAAAAUUUAGACAUUUGCCAGUUGUUGAAAAUGGAGAGGUCAUUGCUUUGCUUGACAUAGCAAAAUGUCUUUAUGAUGCUAUUGCUCGCCUUGAAAGGGCAGCAGAGAAAGGAAAGGCUAUAGUAGCUGCUGUUGAGGGAGUUGAAAAAAACUGGGGAGCGUCUAUUUCUGGUGGCUCUGAUUCAUUUAUUGAAACACUUCGGGAGCGAAUGUUCCGGCCUUCACUCUCUACCAUCAUUUCUGAGAAUCCAAAGACUGUUACAGUUGAACCAAGUGAUACUGUUCUAGACGCAGCUAAAAAGAUGCUUGAAACUCAAACAAGCUCCGCAAUCGUGGCUGUUGACAAGAAACCACGAGGAAUUUUAACUUCAAAGGACAUAUUGAUGCGAGUCAUAGCACAAGAUCUUUCGCCCGAGUCCAUUCUUGUUGAGAGGGUAAUGACUGCCAAUCCUGAAUGUGCUACGACGGAUACACCUAUUGUUGAUGCUUUACAUACAAUGCACGAUGGGAAAUUUUUACACCUUCCUGUAGUUGAUAGAGAUGGAAUUGUAGUUGCUGUGGUUGAUGUGCUUCAUAUCACUCAUGCAGCUGUAGCCACGGUGGGAAAUACUGCUGGGGUGAAUAGCGAAGUUGCAAACACUAGGAUGCAAAAGUUUUGGGAUUCAGCUAUGGAAUUGUCCCCAGAUGAGGAGGAAGAGACACGGAGCAUUGGUUCCUUGAAAUUGGCUUCUGAAGGGGCAGAAUUGAGGAGAUCUAUUUCCUAUCCUUCAUCGAGCCUUCCAAAUACUUUUGCAUUCAAGAUUCAAGACAGAACAGGGAGGAUGCACAGAUUCAACUGCGAUAUUCGGAGCAUGACAGAUCUUCUAACUGCAAUUAUUCAGAGAGUGGGGGAUGACAUCGACCGAAAGAACCUUCCUCAAAUUCUGUAUGAAGAUGAAGACCAUGACAAGGUUGUAUUAGCAACAGAGAGCGAUCUCACAGCUGCCGUCGACCAUGCAAGAUCUGCAGGUUGGAAGGGACUAAGAUUGCACUUAGACUAUUCAGGAAAGCGUGGCCGUAGGAAGGGUUCAAGCUCCAACAAUUUGGAUUAUGCUCAUACAGAAUCUGCAUGGGCUUCAGCUUACAGCGCUGUAGCAGCUGGUGCGGCAUUAGUUGCAGGUUUAGGCGUAAUAGCAUUCUUAAGGAGAUCUAGUAACUGAUCAUAUGAAAAUGAAAUUUUCCAUUUAAUGUACAGUGCAGCGGGAAUAGCACAUUAAUUCAAGUUGAUUUGAGUGGAUGUUGGCUCUGGUAUAGGUUUUGGAUUUUUAGCUCUAUAGUGCAGUCCAAUUGGUUUUUUCUUGGUCUAUAAUGAUGUAAAUUAUUUCCCUUUGUAACUCACUGAUCUUGAAGUUAUCUUCAAUAAUAAACUGGAGAGAGUAUGCUUAGUGCCAGGAUUUUUGUAGCGAAAAGGAGAAGAGACAUAAUUAGUAGUA